AUGUGGCCCAGACUCCCCCAACGAAUGUACCUUCAGGACUCGUUCCGGAGUAGGUUCUUCAGGAUGGGCGUCCGGGCCCCGCCCCAACUCCUGGAGCUGGCUGGCCAGAGCCUGCUGCGGAAUGAGGCCUUGGCCAUUGCGGCCCUGGAGGAGCUGCCCAUCGAGCUCUUCCCGCUGCUGUUUACGGAGGCCUUUGCCGGGAGGCACACCCAGGCCCUGAAGGCGUGGCCCUCCCCCUGCCUCCCGCUGGGGUCCGUGAUGAAGGACCACCAGCCUCAUCUGGAGACCUUCCAGGCUGCACUCGAAGGCCUGGACGUCCUGCUUGCUCAGGAGGUCACCCCACAGGUGGUGAAGCUGCAGGUGCUGGACUUGCGCUGGAACGCCCACCAGGACUUCUGGACCGUGUCAUCUGGCAUCAAGGCCAGCAUGUCCUCGCUGCUGGAGCAGCCAGCCCAGCCCAUGCAGAAGAGGCGCAGGGUGGAGGGUUCCAAGGCGGGGCUGAAGCCGGCGCGGGCCCCUAUGGAGGUACUGGUCGACCUGUGGCUCAAGGAGGACACCCUGGAUGAGACCCUCAGCUACCUGCUGAAGAAGGCCAAGCAGAGGAGGGGCCUGCUGCACCUGCGCUGCCAGAAGCUGAGGAUCUUUGCCAUGCCCACGCAGAGCAUCAGGAGGAUCCUGAAGCUGGUGCGGCUGGACUCCGUCCAGGACCUGGAGGUGAACUGCACCUGGAAGCUGGCCACGGUGGUGGGCAGGUUUGUGUCGCACCUGGGCCGGAUGGGCAGCCUGCGCCGGCUGCUGUUGUCUCACGGCCACGUGUUGCCGCGCACCGCCCCAGACCAGGAGGAGCACUGCGUCGGCCGGCUCACCUCCCCAUUCCUGAGCCGGCCCCACCUGCAGGAGCUCUGCCUGGACUCCAUCUCCCUGGAGGGCCGGCUGCACCAGGUGCUCAGGUGCCUGAAGACCCCUCUGGAGACCCUGUCGAUCAUCAGAUGCCUGAUUUCGGAGUCAGACCUGACGUACCUGUCGAAGUGCCCAAGCAUCAGCCUGCUGAAGGACCUGGGCCUCGGCAGGGUCAACCUGACCAGCCUCAGCUUGAAGCCCCUGCAGGUCCUGAUCGAGAGGACCUCGGCCACCCUGCAGGACCUGGACCUGUACGACUGUGGCAUCAUGGACUCCCAGUUCAGCGCCCUCCUGCCCUCCCUGAGCCGCUGCUCCCAGCUCACCACCUUCAGCUUCUGCAGCAACCCCAUCUCCAUGGCCAUGCUGGAGAGCCUGCUGCACCACAAAGAGGGGCUGAGCAAGCUGAGCCUGGUGCUGUGUCCCGCACCCCUGGAGAGCUGUGAGGGUGUGCACGGUACCCUGCACCUGGGCCGCCUGGCUCAGCUGCAUGCCCGGCUCAAGCAGCUGCUGUGCGCCUCUGUGAGCCUCCGGGCCAGCAUGGUCUCGUUCAGCACCAACCCCUGUCCACACUGCGGUGAGCAGAUCGUCUACGACACCGACACCGAGCCCAUCCUGUGCUCCUGCUUCGCCCGCCUAGCCCAGCCUAGUCCCACCCCGGCACUGGGACACUGCCACCCAGACCUCAGUGCAUCUAGAAGGAACACAAACCGCAGUUUCAGACAAUUGUUCCGGGCAUGCGGGAAAAGGAAAGCUCAUGACUCUCCUUUAUUUCUGAGGCUGUUCAACCUGUCAUCAUAUACAAGGGGCGUCCUCAGGGCCUGGGACGAACUAAGUGUCCAGGAGCAAGCACCGCUGGAGGGAACCUUCUCCCCAGGGACCCUCACUGCUACCCCCACCCAGGGCCUGGACUCGAGCAUUUUCCCCAGUGGAGCCAGCAGACGCAGAGCCUCCAUCUCGGACCCUGGGCAGUGCCGAGACGGCUCACUACCUUCGGGAGCCUCUGGGGCCCACCAGCCCGUGCCCACCUUCCCACUGCUCAGCUGUAUCUGA